UUCACGGUGACCAUCAGAUGUUAGACUGGGGAACCUUCUGAUGUUCACCUCGUUGAUCAUAACGGCUGCGUAGAAAGUGCAACAAGAUGCCUGCGGAGAAAUUUGGAAGGUAGGUCAACGGUUCUUGGAUAAGCCUAUUUAUACACGUACAGCUCCUCUCCGGUCACACCAAUUGCACCUCCAAGAGAUGGUGAUGCUUGACUUGAUAAUGGUCCGGGCGUCGAUCAAAGUAUGUGCAUCUCUACCCCACAUAUGACGUCCCAGUUUCACGAAACAGUGGAAACACUUGUCGCAAAAGAUCAACAACAACCUUUUUCUCACAAAUCACAAAAUCACACAUCGAAAACAAAGAUGCAAGAUCCAUUGCAAAUCCUCCCCGCGGAAAUUAUUUUGCGCUGUAUUGAAUUCACAUCGAUUUCUGGAAUCGCGGCGUUAAACUCGACCAGCAAAGCCUGGCACAGUUUCUUGGAUACCACACAUCAGGAUGCUAUUUACUCGGCACAAGCUCAUCAACUUUAUAACAAAAAUCCGAGAAGCGAUCGAGAAGUCUCAAAACUAGAACGUGACUUCAAGGCUUUCGGGGGACCUAAACUGGACAGGAGUUUUGUCAGAUACUUUCAGGGUGUGGAAAGCUGGAAGGACUUUUGCAAGCGGUUGGUCUUACUGGACAGGAACUGGAAUAGUCGUCGUCCGGUAGUGAGAGAGAGUGUGGUACAAGUUGGAUAUGACCCGGUAUGGCGCUUCAAGCCCGACUUUAAGCGCCGCUUUAUUGUCUCGACCUCACAAUCUGGGGGUGUUUGCGUCACCGACAUGGAUGAUGGACGCAUGCUCUGGAGGCUGAGGAGAGAAGAUGUACGUAUGUGCGCGCACUUGGAGUAUGACCAGGAGAGUGGGACUGCAUGUUGGGACCGCUUCGGUAAUGCCGUCGAGGUGUGGAAGGCUGAUGAGGUAGAGCGUGGCACAUUUCAUCGUGUCAGCAUCCUCGAACAUGAUGUCGAGACCAGGGGCUUCCAACUGUCGCGCUUCAAUGACAAAGAGACGCUCUGCAUUGUCUCUUCUGAAGGCAAAGGCUUCGUCUGGGAUCUGUCUGUCCAUCCGCCUGUACAACGCAAAGUCCUGGAGAUUGAGGAUGAAGCUGUGGGUCAUCUUGAUCAAGGCGAAAACACCGUUAUGUACAGUAUGGGUCAGCGCGGCUUUCAUGUUUGCUCAAAGACAACAGGAGAGGUCAUGGGCAGACUCGAGCCGAAGGACUGCGUGAACAUCUUCCACAUCGCCCAUCCUCCGCCUCAACCCAAUCUCACCAUGGGAGCCACGAAUCACGGUCCCACAGCACGAGUGUUCCCUCCUGAGCAUCCUCGCAAAGACCGCCUUACACCUCUCAAACUGUACAAUGGCCCACAUCCAGUACCACGAAGUCCACUGGCGAUUGAGAACGACGAAUGGGGUUCCGGUCUGAUAUCAGGCAACUUCAUGGCUGGUGUAUCUCGGGGAGGUCGUGUUUUCAUCUGCACAGACUUCCCUGGUGCUCUGUCCGAUCCUGCACGUUUCAAAGAAACAACAGCUAUUCUUCAUACAGAAGGCGAUGGUUCCACCUUUGAGCUUGGUGGCUGGCUGAGCGUCAAAAACGGCCGUGCUCUCUUCGAGAUAGUCGACAACAUCUAUGUCUUCACUCUGCCAGACUUUGGACAACUACCAGAGACAGGACCUUCACAGCGACCUAUAUGGGCCACACCAAUCAGCUCGGCACCUCAAUUGGCGGUGCCCGUCAGCUUUAUGGGCAUCUACGACGACUGCAUUAUGCAUACCUAUACCACUCUUGGCUUCCGCAGCCCACGCCCUAGACGUGGCUCCAACGACGAACGUCCAGCAGCCGAACGCACCCGCGCAUUCCCUACAAAGGCCAUUCGCAUCAUGUCACUCGCUCCCAACCUCUCACGCCCUGGAAAAGAACUAGACUACCUCGAGGGUAUGGAGGUACACGAUGAGAAACCCCGUAACAGCAUUCAAGCAUCUCGCAGCACGAUUACACCAAGAGGACCAGCCAUGCAAGCAGGACUACUGCAAUUGAUGGCACUCCUUACAGGCAACGAUGAGGAAGGAACAACCGAGGAUGAGGAAUCCGAUAUUGAUGACAUAACACGCGAACGUUUGGAGCUUGAACUAGACGAGGAUGAAUUGCGAGAGAUGGAGGAAAGCCUCGCCAUGGAGCGCGACCAGGAAAUGGAAGAUAGGAUGCAACUGGCGAGGAUGAUGGGCCUUGAUGAUGAGGAUGAAGCGAUGGAAAUGGUGAGGUCUGAUGACGAUGACGAAGCUGUGAUGUCUAGACUGCCUUAUGCGCCCUCUCUUGACGAUGACGAUUGGGAGGAUGAGAAUGAGGACGGCGAUGUUGUAGGUGAGAUUGCAGAGGGCGGAGAAUGAGGAUGCUCAGAUUACUUACAUAUUUCCAUAGCCUGAAGUCAUGCCUGAACAUCGACUUGGAGGCGCAGGCCCAGUCGGGGACGAGGCUGAUCGACCCGAGUCCCCAUCUGACUGGGACGCCGAGAUCGAUCGAGCGUAUGCAUGCGAAGAUAUAGCAAACGAGGUUCUGGAAGAACGAGUACUGCUCGGGGACGCCGAGACAUUUAACGCACGCGCAGAAGCGAGUGGAAGUGUUGAGUAUGAUUCUCUUCACUCCGUGCUCCAAGCAGAGGAACAUGGACUUCAAGCGGACAUACGCCGUG